UCUCUGCUUCGAAAAAGAUCGACAACAUAUCCCACAAGUCUUUGCCGGUGAACUGUUAACCAAAAUGUCUGCACCCUGGAAACUCAUGUACCGGGGUGAUGAAGAACAAUUUAACUUAACGUUAUUUUAAAUAUUCAUCGUGUAUUUCUACCGUCGUGACAUUCCGCUAGUGGUACGCCAAUGGGACGGGAGGCCACAUUACACAGCUAGCUAACUAAAACCGACUCACAUUUAUUUACCCUUUAUGCUGUUAGGUGACUUAACGUUACCUUGUAAGUUAUCGUAAACAUGUCGCUUUAUCUCGUGAAAGGCUGGUGUGAAACACCCCUAUUAAGACGUGUCUUCCAGUUCAAAAUGUACAGAAGGAAAAUACACAACUAUAACUUGACCCACACGCUGUUAAGACAUCGUUGGAUGAAAAGGUUGCCCAUGUUCUCCAGCACCUUUAAAAUGAUGAGCACACAAGUAGACAAGGACACUGUUGACCUGUCUAAGUUCCCUCCAGACAGAAUCAGGAAUUUUUGCAUCAUUGCUCAUAUUGACCAUGGAAAAAGCACUUUGGCUGACAGGCUUUUGGAGAUGACAGGUGCCAUAGCAAAGACUGAGAGGAACAAACAGGUGUUGGACAAGCUUCAGGUGGAGCGAGAGAGAGGGAUAACAGUGAAGGCCCAGACAGCCUCUCUGUUUUACAGCCACCAGGGACAGCAGUACCUCCUGAACCUCAUCGACACACCAGGUCACGUUGACUUCAGUUACGAAGUGUCUCGAUCCAUUUCUGCAUGCCAAGGUGUCCUGUUGAUUGUUGAUGCCAAUCAGGGGGUUCAAGCUCAGACGGUAGCCAACUUCUACCUGGCUUUUGAAGCUCAGCUGGCAAUCAUCCCUGUCAUCAAUAAGAUUGACUUAAAAAAUGCUGAUCCAGAGAGAGUGGAGUCGCAGAUUGUAAAGGUGUUUGAUAUUCCACAGGAAGAAUGCAUUAGGAUUUCAGCUAAACUUGGAACAAAUGUUGAAAAUGUUCUUCAAGCCAUUGUGGACAGAAUUCCACCGCCUGUGGCAAGUGCUGAUGACCCGUUUAAAGCCCUUGUGUUUGACUCCAAUUUCGACCACUAUAGAGGAGUGGUGGCCAACAUCGCUGUGUUUGGAGGUCGGGUGAGAAAAGGGGACAGGAUCGUGUCAGCACAUCUCGGCAAAACGUAUGAGGUCAACGAGGUGGGGCUCCUCCGGCCAGACGAGUACCCGACACAGAAGCUGUUUGCAGGCCAAGUGGGCUACAUCAUAUCAGGGAUGAAGGAUGUGAAGGAGGCCCAGAUUGGUGAUACACUCUACCUUCAGGAACAACCAGUGGAUGCUUUCCCAGGAUUUAAACCUGCCAAAGCCAUGGUCUUUGCUGGCAUGUAUCCAAUGGACCAGUCAGAAUACCAGGGUCUUCGCAGCGCCAUUGAGAGACUGACCCUGAAUGACUCGAGUGUCACAGUGCAGAGAGACAGCAGUAUGGCCUUGGGAGCAGGCUGGAGGCUUGGCUUCCUGGGUCUUCUCCAUAUGGAGGUGUUCAAUCAGAGGCUGGAGCAGGAGUACAAUGCCUCUGUUAUAGUAACGGCGCCCACCGUGCCCUACAGGGCUGUUCUGUCCUCAGCCAAACUCAUCAAGGAACAUGGCAGCGAGGAGAUAAUCAUUGUGAACCCCGCACAGUUCCCGGACAAAUCAGGUGUGUCAGAGUAUCUGGAGCCGAUGGUGCUGGGGACCAUUCUCACUCCAGACUGUUACACUGGCAAGAUUAUGACUCUCUGCUUGAAUCGCAGAGCCAUCCAGAAGAACAUGGUGUACAUAGAUGACCAGCGUGUCAUGAUGAAAUAUCUCUUCCCUUUGAAUGAAAUCGUUGUGGAUUUCUAUGAUCUCCUCAAAUCUCUGUCCUCUGGAUAUGCAAGCUUUGACUAUGAGAAUGCAGGCUACCAGGCUGCUGAUUUGAUAAAGAUGAAUUUUAUGCUGAAUGGCCAACCUGUGGAAGAACUUGCCACAAUUGUCCACAGGGACCGUGCAUACAGCACAGGGAAGGCCAUGUGUGAGCGGCUCAAAGACUCCAUACCCAGACAGAUGUUUGAGAUCGCUGUACAAGCAGCCAUUGGAAGUAAGGUCAUUGCGAGGGAAACGAUUAAGCCAUACAGAAAAAAUGUCCUUGCUAAGUGUUAUGGAGGAGACAUAACACGGAAGAUGAAGCUACUGAAGAAACAGGCGGAGGGUAAAAAGAAGAUGCGGCUUAUCGGCAGGGUGGAAGUUCCCAAAGACGCCUUCAUUAAUGUUCUGAAGAGGAAAGAGAAAUAGAUUGCAGUAGUUUUACUAUAUGUAUUAUAUUAUGGCAUUGUUAUUAUAUGCAGCAGAUCCUGAAUAAAGUGGUCAUUGUCGCCGCAAA